CAAUCACAAAACUUUUUUAAAUAGAAACAAUUGAAUAAAACUGUCAAAACUUGAUGCCAUAAAGGAAAUGAUAUACUCGCAAGGAAUAAUUAUAUUAAAUUAAUACUCAAUUCCUUUAAGAAGAAUUUGUAGCACCUCAUAAAAAUCUGUGUUAAUCUCAUUCAAAACGAAAGUUAACGGAAUAUUAUGACAGACACCGAAAAGCUAAAGCAAAGCGAGAUCCAGAUAUGCAGUGAAACUCGACUGAAAAGAAUUGCUGCCAAGCUAAAAUGGGUUAUAACUGAUUUUCAUUCGUUGAGUUCGGAUCGAAAUAAAAAACGCUUUCCAGUUUUGGAAUCUUCUGCUUUUCUCCUGCAAAGUAAUAACAGGGACAAAUCAUUCAAGAUUUCUUUCCAGUAUGAUUAUUGUUUCUUGCAAAUAACCAGCAUUCCUGCAUUUCCGAAGGACGUGACAAAUGUUUGCUCAAUUCUUGAUAAAGAUGGUAAAACCGUCUGGCAGUCCAAAAUGUUCAUUCGACCUUUGUAUCGAGUCAGCUUACCGGUGAAAAUACUUCUUCGAGAGAAGCAAAAAUAUUUGGCCAAUAACGCUUUAAGAAUUCUUUUCAAAAUCGAAAUAAUCGAGGAUCUUGUCACUGAAUACACAACCGAUUCAAAUGUCUCUCCAGCUUUCAGCAAUCUCGAAAGAUUUCUCGAAGACCAAACAAUUUGUGACGUGACUUUCUUAAUUGGCGAUCAGGAGUUUCGAGCUCAUAAAAUAAUCUUAGCUAUUCGAAGUCCAGCAUUUUUGGCCAUGUUCACUCACGAGUUUUCCGAGCAGAGAAAUAGCAAGGCCAGAAUAUCGGAUAUCAGACCCGAGGUUUUUAAAGCUUUGCUUAGAUACGUUUAUAAUGCUGAGAUUGAAAGUAUGAGUGAAAUUGCUGCCGAAUUAUUGAUAGCUGCUGAUAAAUAUUUACUUGAGGAUUUAAAAAUUAAGUGUGAGAGAUUUCUGAUCGCUAAAUCGACGAAAGAAAAGGCUUCUUACUUAUUACAAAUCGCGAAGAGACACAAUUGUGCAAAUUUAGAAUUGUAUUGUCGAUUAUGCUUAUCCGAAAAUAAGGAAGAAAAUGUGAUAAUUUAAGACAUUUUUUAUUUACUUUUAGUCCUGCGAUAUAGGAAUUAGAUUUUAUAUUUUAAUUUUUAUGAUAAUUGAGAACACUGUAUAUUUUUUA